GGACAAUCUUAGCUGGAUUGUCAUUGCACAAAACCUCUUUCAAGUAGUCUUCGCCGGAUUGACAUUGCACAAAACAACACGGCGGCGAGACUACACACCUACACGCUACCAUGGGUUUGGGAGCCAUAAGAUCCAUUUCCCGACCCGUUUCCAGAGCACUCUUCUUCUCUCACCGGAACAUCUACUCUUUUUCGUCCAUUACAUCGCCUGCCACCUUAUUAUCUUCUGUAUCGCCUGAGAUCCGCCUACCAUUUCGCCCUAAGCUACCUUGGAUUCCGCCGUCCACCGCCUUCCACAGCUUAACGGACACCCGGUACCCGAAGAGGAGACCCGUUCUAAAGACCAAGCGCAAAAGACCAGCCCCAGAACCACCAGGGCCCUAUUCUGGCGUUGCCAGGCGUUUGCCUCAUGAUCCAAAACCCCAAAAGCACCCUAAUGAAGGAAGCGUCAAGAGAAGGAAUGAGAAGAAGAGAAUCAGGCAGCACAAGGCUUUUAUUUUGUCCGAAAAGAAGAAGCGGACGGCAUUAGUGCAGGAAGCGAAAAGGAAGAAACUAAUAAAAAGAGUUGAGCGAAAGAUGGCUGCAGUUGCAAGGGAUAGGGCGUGGGCUGAAAGACUGGCUGAGCUGCAGAAGCUUGAGGAAGAGAAGAAGGCUGCUUCCAUGGCUUAGAGUUCCUUUUUAUUUCAUUUGAUUAGCCAUGCUCUGCCAGCAAGAAUUAUUAUUGCUAAAGAAUUCUUUUUUGUUGGGUAUUGUUGCUCUAAAUUAAAGAAUCAUGUUAGGCUGGCAUGUUUUAUUAUUAUUUUUUUUCUUUUGAAAUUAUUAUAUUGCCGCAUCCCAUAUAAAAAGAAGAUUAUGCUACCUAGUUGGUGAUUGUAUGUUGAGCAAUUGGCAUACCACUUCAUCCAAUAUUCCCAUGAGGCCAUGAUGGUUUGUUUGUAAUAUUUCAAAUCCAAAUACUUAAGUGUAAAAUUAAUGCACAUUUUCAUUUGUGGACACUUUAUUAAUAAUCUAAUUAUAAGUACC